AUAAUUUCUUCCUAAUAUCUAAUCUUAGCCUCUCCUCUUUUAGUUUAAAACCAUUCCCCCUUGCCCUAUCACCAUCUGCCUGUGUAAAAACUCCCUCUUUUCCAUAAGCCCUGGAUAAGGCUUAAGUAAUAAGUACUGGAGGGCUGCAAUGAGGUCUCCCCAUAACCUUCCCCAAGCUGAACAGCCCCAGCUCUCUCAUCCUGUCCCCUUCCUUUGCCAGAGUUGCUCCAGCCUUCUGGGCAUCUUCAUGGCCCCUCUGGACCCACUCCAACAGGUCCACAUUUUCAUUGUGCUGAGGAUCCUGGAGCUGGACAUAGUACCCCAGGUGGGACAAGAACCUCCUGGCUCCUGUAAUAAGACGAUGCCAAUCCAGUGCAGCAUUGCAUGGGGCUCUGUCCUAAUCAGUAACCAGUGAGCCCCUACUGCAGUGUGACACCAUUUCUGACAAAAUUUGCACUGUUCACUGCUCUCCUUACACAGUUUCAGCGCUCUUAUCUCACACACAGCUUCCCACACCUCCACUCAGCUGGAAGCAGGUCAGCAAGGUCACAGCACUGUCCCUGAAACCAGGCAGCUUCUGCAAGCCACUGACAUCACGGAGGUGUCACCUGGCAGAGACGCUCCAGCCACUGUUCCACACUUGCCGAUGUAAAAACCGGGCUCAGUUUCCAGCUGGGCACUCUGCCAAGGGGUCAGAUGAAACACGGACACAAAGUGCUUCCCAACAGCCUUGCAGCCGGACACCUCCUCGGCAUGGCUGUGAGGGUAGCGCAGCUUUCAUAGGGCGGCUUGCAGCCCCCAAAGGGCUGAGCGGCCUGGAAUGUCUCAAACCAUGUCUCCUUUGGGUAGACCGCGGCCCCUGAGCCUCAUGUUUCUUUUGGGGAUGGGGAUGGCAUCAGGGAGGAUCAACUGCCCAAGGAGAUGUAGCUGUCAGUACCUGGAAGUGAACUGCACUGGGCAGCAGUUCCAGGAGUUCCCCGCAGACAUCCCUCUGGACACCAGGCAGCUGAUUCUGGCGGCAAACAAUGUCUCGUACCUGCCGGCAGUGGAAUUGAGCUUCCUGGCUGAUUUGGUGUACCUGGACUGCAGCAAGAACCUCUUGGGGGAUGACCUGGAUUUCACUUUCAUUGGUGUGGCCAAGCUUGUUUAUCUGGACCUCAGCUUCAACAACCUCACCCAGGUCACCUUCAGCACCUUCUCACACCUCCUCAGCCUGGUGGUGCUGAAAAUCUCGGACAAUCCCAACCUUGUGGCCAUCGAGAAGGAUGCUUUUGCCAACAACACCUGGCUGAGGCACCUGGAUGUGAGCCGGACAGGCUUAACAUUCCUGGACACCAGCACCAUCCGGGACCUGCCCAACCUGAGGUUUCUGGGGCUCAGUGACAACCUGUGGCACUGCAACUGUUCCUUUUUGGACUUCAUCACCUGGAUGACAGAGAGCAACGUUCAUUUUCCAGAUGCUGACAACAUCACCUGCUACACCCCAGAAGGCCUGCGAGCCCUGAGGAUGCAGGCAGUGGAGGCACAGCUUCACUUCACCUGCCUGACCCAGCUACACAAGACAGACUAUGUCUUUCUGUGCCUCGUUGGCUUCUGCAUAUUCCUUGCUGGCACCAUCACAGCCUGGCUGGCCGGCAUCUGUGCUGUUAUCUACAAAAUCCAUGCUUCAAAGGGAGAGGAAGAGGAGGAAGAAGAAACAGCCACUUAGGACCAGCCCUUCUGAACUCCCAUUGUGGGAACGAAAGGCAGGCCCUUCCUGCCUGAUUUCCCGCAUGAUGUCCCACUCUAGAUGCCUUUUUUUUUUUUUGGUAGUGGAAUAAAACUGCAAGAGGAGGAAGUCUCUGUGCUUCACUUUCACUUGCUGUGCUACUACCUCCACUUUUCUUCUGCCACUGGGACUCAGGACAUGAGCAUAAUGUUCAUUUUGGAGGGAAUAGUGAGAGGUGUGCACAGUGCCAGGCAUUUCUACUCCUACUUUACCUUGAGACCACAGAAAAGUAGGGACACAGGCACUGGCUUGACUGAAACACGGGAAGGGCCCUGGCACUGUGCUGUAGUUAGGGAUGUCACCAGUUUCUUCCUGGCCAGAAAGACCAGCAGAGCUUACUGGAAGCAGCCUAGAGAGCUUACCGGAGUCCCAGGGAAUCCAAGAACUUUCUGCUGUGGAAAGGCAGAGAAGUUAAAACCAGGACUUUUAGGGGUCCAGAAUCCCACUGGUUCCUACUUUCUUUCCCAUUACACCAGUGACAGCAGAAGAACCCUCUGUCCCUCUGCAGCCGGACCCCCUGUACCUCCUCCGCUGAAUUAUGUGCAUUUACAGCACUGGAAAGUCCAGCUCUGGCUUGGUGUCAAAUAACCCUAAAAUAGGAUUUAUUUUUUUUUUAAGUAAAAAAUAUUGCUUACACAUUCUCCAAGUAUUCUUGGAAAUGGCUUGUGUGUCAAUGUCAAAAUGCCAGGAUUGCAUCUACAGACCAGGAUAAAAUGAGAUGUAAGCAAGCUCCCUCUUAUCACUAGCACUGGGAACUGCCAGGGGAAGUACCUGCUUACACAACCAAGCAUGGCAUCUCCACGCGUGAAACACUGGCUGCUCCAUCCGGCACUAGCUGGGUCUGGUGAAAUGAAAGGGAAAAGCAGGAGAUUUCAGCAAGCACCGUACGAAUUACCAAACUUAGAGCCAUUAAACUGCAGACUCUCAGAACGAGAGCUGAGAUCUGUCUAAGCUCUAAUGGGUAUGGCAAAAAGGGCGAGGAGCGGGCGGGGCAGCGCUGCGGGAUAACGAUGUCUGCGUGUGCUAGGGACACGCGCAGAGCUGCCGGGGGA